AUGGCACCACACCCGUUUGACUGGAUUUUCCAGGCGGAUAACUAUUUCACAUACUAUUCAGUUUCAGUCGAUCAACGAAUUACCUUAGCUGGGUUCCAUUUCACUGGCGAAGCGAUUAGUUGGUACAAAUAUUUGGCCAAUAAUCACUUAUUAGGAACCUGGACGACGUUUACUCGCGUUCUUGAACUUCGUUUCGGUCCAUCAGACUAUGAAAACCACCAAGCGGUCCUCUUUAAACUUAAACAAACCUCUACGGUUCAAGCUUUCCAAGCCGAGUUCGAGAAGAUUAGUAAUUGUGUUAUCGGGUUGUCGACCGAAGCCUUGAGAAACUGUUUCAUUUCCGGGCUUAAAUCGGAAAUCCAAUCGGAACUCGCAUUACAUAAACCCACCACAAUCCAUGAUGCCAUUGGUCUAGCUCGACGCAUCGAAGACAAAUUUGCUUCCCUGCUACCAACUAAACCUCCAUAUAACCCACGUACUUUUUCAAAUCCUUCUACCUCCAUGACUACAAAACCCAACACUACAAUCCUUUCCGAACCCUUCUUACAAGCUGCUCCUAAAUCAACACCACCAACUCCACCCCGGCCUCUACCGCUGACACGGUUAUCCCCGAAGGGACUUCAAAAACGGUGCGCUGAAGGUUUGUGUUAUCGUUGUCCGGAACGUUACUUUCCGGGCCACAAAUGCAAUCCUCCACAAUUUCUAAUCAUUCUGGACAAUGAGGAACACCCCGACCACACCACAACAGACCAAAUAGAUCAACUGCUAUCGGAACAACCACCGGAGUUGUUGAUCUUGUCUACGGCAGCAUAUUUCGGGUUGCAUUCACCAAAGACACUUCGUGUUACGGGGCGAAUUAAUGGCCAUAAUGUAAAUGUUUUGGUGGACUCGGGAAGCACACACAACAUAUUGCACCCACGUCUUGCCGCCUUUCUGCAGUUAACCACCAACGAAGUCCUACCCUUCUCCGUCAUGGUGGGUAAUGGUGAACACCUUCAAUGCAAAGGAUACAUUCCAAACGUGUCGUUAACACUAAACAAGCAGGUAUUCCAAGUUCCACUUUAUGUUCUUCCGAUUGAAGGUGCCGACGUUGUUUUGGGUAUGGAAUGGCUCGGCUCUUUAGCACCCGUUACUGCCGAUUUUUCGAUCCCCACCAUCACCUUUGUAAAAGAUGACCACCCAUUUAUUCUCACAGGAGAAUCUCUAAACACCAUAGUUUCACCUAGUUCAUUAAAUACCUUACUGAAACAUGCAUCCAUAGCUUCCAUGCACACUUUGGUAUUCCACCAUCAACCUACAGCUCCACCUACACCACCUCCACUUUAUCAUCCCAAACCUACCAUUCAUUCCCUCCUCCAGCAAUUUGCAAUCCUGUUUCACACACCCCACGACCUUCCACCACCACGCAAACACGAUCAAUAUAUUCCUACCCUACCCGACGCCAAACCCGUCAAUGUGAAACCAUAUCGAUAUCCUCAUUACCAAAAGCAAGUUAUGACCGACUUAAUCAAAGAAAUGUUACGUGAUGGUAUUAUCCAACCGAGUCAUAGCCCGUACUCUUCGCCGGUUCCCCACGGUGCAACGGUUUUCUCUAAAAUUGAUUUACGCACCGGUUACCAUCAGAUUCGAGUGGCUUCAUGCGACAUUGGAAAAACGGUAUUUCAUACCAUUGACGGCCAUUACGAGUUUUUAGUGAUGCCGUUUGGCCUUACAAAUGCUCCGUCAACUUUUCAGUCCGCUAUGAAUGAUCUUUUUCGUCCCGUGUUAUGA